AUGGCUGCCUCCUCAGAGCUCGCCUGCAUCUACUCAGCCCUCAACCUGCACCAUGAUGAGGUGACAGUCACACAGGAUAAGAACAAUGCCCUCAUUGAAGCAGCAGGUGUAAACGUUGAACCUUUCUGGGCAGGCUUGUUUGCAAAGUCCCUGGCCAAUGUCAACAUCAGGAGCCCCAUCUGCAAUGUAGGGGGUGGUGGACCUGUCCCAGCAGCUGGCGCAGUGUGGCUGGAAUGUCCCACCCCCUCCACCACUGCUGCCCCAGCUGGGCAGAAGGAGGUGGAAGCAAAAAAAGAAGAAUCAGAGGAGCCUGAUGAUGACAUGGGCUUUGGUUUUUUUGACUAA